CUCUGCGCGCACAAGAUGGCGGCCGCAUUCGGGCGGCUCUACACUAGAGGGGAUCGGCCUGGGAUAUGGCACUUCAGCUACCAGAAUAGCGCAGCUGAAGUGGACAUGUCUUAGGUCGACUUGCCGUGCGUCCUCGGAACGCGGGGUCGACUGCCACCGCUCUCCCGUCGACUCCGCUUCCGCCUCGCUGCGGUGGAGGCAGAGCUGUCCAGGAUCGAUUUAGACGCGACACAUCGCUCCCCGAUAGAUCGAUCGCUGCCCACCGAUCCGGAUCGGCGGAUAGUGUAGACGUACCCUUGGACUCUCUUAAGAUGGCGGCCGCAACACAACUGUCGCGGUGUCAAUGACACAUGGCUGCGCCGCGGGUGCUGGGCGGGAGGCGGCGAAAGAGGGAGAGUUUAAAGGGACCAUGUACUAACGACUGCGGAGACGAGCCGGGCAGGAGGCUGCAGCGAGGCCGCUGAGAUGCUUUCAGAGAACUAUCCAAAGUGACCCCAGGAUCUCUUUCUUGAGUGAUGGUCAAGCAGCAACACUCCUUCCCCCAGCAGUGAGGCUAGCACUGGUGGGGACCCGCACAGGACCAGCUGCUCCCCAGGCACAUUUCUGGGACCAGGGCCGGCAGCAGACAUGGGGCAGAGUGAGUCCGAGCCUCAGGAUGAGCAGGAGGAUGCAGUGCUCACAGCUGUGUUGCCCAACCUUAAGCUCUUUGUGGAGGAUCAGCUCCAGACCAGCAUGGUGCUGGGUGUCAUGAUUGGCGUUGGUGUUUCCAUGUUGCUCAUCGCCACCUUGAUCCUGGUGCUGGUCCGCAGGCUGCGCCACAAGAAGGUUCAGACUCAGGAGACGCCCAAGUAUCGAUUCCGCAAGCGGGACAAAGUGCUGUUCUACGGGCGCAAGAUCAUGCGCAAGGUGUCCCAAUCUACCUCCUCCCUUGUGGACACAACCAUCUCCAACACCUCCCGGCCCCGCAUGAAGAAGAAACUCAAGAUGUUGAACAUUGCCAAAAAGAUCCUGCGCAUCAAGAAGGAGCUGCCUAUCCUGCAGCUGAAGGAGCCGCCGCCCUCAGUGCUGGAAGCGGAUCUGACUGAGUUUGACGUGGCCAACUCCCACUUGCCGUCCGAGGUGCUGUACAUGCUGAAGAACGUCCGGGUGCUGGGCCAUUUUGAGAAGCCGCUGUUCCUGGAGCUCUGUAAGCACAUGAUCUUCCAGCAGUUCCAACAGGGCGAGUACGUCUUCCGGCCUGGCCAGCCCGACACCAGCAUCUAUGUGGUGCAGGAUGGCAAGCUGGAGCUCUUCCUGACCCAGCAGGACGGGAAGGAAACCCUGGUGAAGGAGGUGUUCCCUGGGGACAGCGUGCACAGCCUGCUCAGCAUUCUUGACGUCAUCACGGGGCACCAGCGGCCAUACCGGACCGUGUCUGCACGGGCAGGCGAGGAUUCCACAGUGCUGCGGCUGCCGGUCGAGGCCUUCUCUGCCGUCUUUGAAAAGUACCCCGAGAGCCUGGUGCGGGUGGUGCAGAUCAUCAUGGUGCGUCUGCAGCGAGUCACCUUCCUGGCCCUGCACAACUACCUGGGGCUGACCAAUGAACUCUUCAGCCACGAAAUGCAGCCGCUGCGGCUCUUCCCCCAGCCCAACCAUGCCUCGCGCACCAGCCCUGUCAGACACAGCAAGUGUGUCAUCAGUAUCUCCUCCAUUGACGACCAUAAGGAGAGCUCUGGGAGGCAACCAGAUGCCAGCACCAAGGACCUGGCUGAUCAGCUCAAGCUGGGGUCCCUGGAGCCCUCUUCAGUGCCACUGCUGAGCCGCUGCAUCUCCAUGCCAGUUGAUAUCUCAGGCCUCCAGAAGGGUCCUCGCUCAGACUUCGACAUGGCCUAUGAGCGUGGCAGGAUCUCGGUGUCGCUGCAGGAAGAGAGCACUGGCACCAUGGCCUCCUUCUCCCAGUCUGUCUCCCAGGAGCCCAAGGAGCGCAGGUCAGUGACGGUGGAGGAGCAGCCCCCUGGUACUUAUCACUAUAACUACUGCGAGGACGACUCGGCAGGCGGUGCCUGCCCCUUUGGGCCUUACCAGGGCCGCCAGACCAGCGCCAUCUUCGAGGCUGCCAAGCGGGAGCUGGUGAAGCUCAUGAAGAUCGAGGACCCCUCCCUUCUCAACAACCGGGUGCUGCUGCACCACGCCAAGGCCGGGACAGUCAUCGCCCGCCAGGGGGACCAGGAUGUCAGCCUUCACUUUGUGCUGUGGGGCUGCCUGCAUGUCUACCAGCGCAUGAUAGACAAGGCGGAGGAUGUGUGCCUCUUUCUGACGCAGCCCGGUGAGAUGGUGGGCCAGCUGGCUGUGCUGACCGGGGAGCCUCUCAUCUUCACCAUCAAGGCCAACCGUGACUGCACCUUCCUCAAGAUCUCCAAGUCGGACUUCUACGAGAUCAUGCGGGAACAGCCCAGUGUGGUGCUGAGUGUCGCCCAUACUGUGGCCGCACGCAUGUCCCCGUUCGUGCGCCAGAUGGACUUUGCCAUCGACUGGAUGGCAGUGGAGGCUGGACGGGCCUUGUAUAGGCAGGGCGACAAGUCGGACUGCACCUACAUUGUGCUGAAUGGACGCCUGCGCUCUGUCAUCCAGAAAGGCAAUGGCAAGAAGGAGCUGGUUGGGGAGUACGGUCGUGGUGACCUCAUUGGAGUGGUGGAAGCCCUGACCCGGCAGCCCCGAGCCACCACCGUCCAUGCCGUGAGAGACACCGAGCUGGCCAAACUGCCCGAGGGCACCCUGAACAACAUUAAGCGCAGAUACCCCCAGGUUGUGACCCGCCUGAUCCACUUGCUGAGCCAGAAGAUCCUUGGGAAUCUACAGCAGCUGUGCGGGCCCUUCACAGGCUCCAGUCUUGGUGUGGCCUCCAGCUCAGAGCUAACCAACCCAGCCAGUAACCUGUCCACGGUGGCAGUGCUGCCAGUGUGUGACGAUGUGCCCAUGGCAGCCUUCACGCUGGAACUGGAGCAUGCCCUCAAUGCCAUAGGUCCCACCCUGCUUCUGACCAGUGACAUCAUCCGAGCACGACUUGGUGCCUCAGCACUGGACAGCAUCCAAGAGUACCGGCUGUCAGGCUGGCUGGCGCAGCAGGAGGACAUCCACCGCAUUGUGCUGUACCAGACCGACUGCACACUGACGCCCUGGACUGUGCGCUGCAUCCGCCAAGCUGACUGCAUCCUCAUUGUUGGGCUGGGGGACCAGGAGCCAACCCUAGGCAAGCUGGAGCAGAUGCUGGAGAACACAGCCGUGCGUGCCCUGAAGCAGCUGAUUCUGCUGCACCGGGAGGAUGGCCCCAGCCCUUCCCGCACCGUUGAGUGGCUCAACAUGCGCAGCUGGUGCUCAGGACACCUUCACAUCAAGUGCCCACGCCGUGUCUUCUCCCGCCGGAGCCCCAACAAGCUGAGGGAGAUGUACAUGAAGGUCUUCGAGAAGGACGCUGACCGGCACAGCGACUUCUCCCGCCUAGCACGAGUCCUGACUGGCAACAGCAUUGCCCUAGUGCUGGGAGGAGGAGGGGCCAGGGGCUGCUCGCACAUUGGGGUGAUCAAGGCCAUGGAGGAAGCCGGGAUACCCAUUGACCUGAUCGGGGGCACAUCCAUUGGCUCCUUCAUUGGGGCUCUCUAUGCUGAAGAGCGCAGUGCUGUGCGCACCAAGCAGCGUGCCCGUGAAUGGGCCAAGAGCAUGAACUCCGUGUUUGAGACGGUCCUGGACCUCACCUACCCCAUCACCUCCAUGUUCUCCGGCUCGGCCUUCAACACUAGCAUCAACAAGGUCUUCCAGGAUAAGCAGAUUGAGGAUCUGUGGCUCCCCUACUUCAACGUGACGACAGACAUCACAGCCUCGGCCAUGCGGGUCCACAAGGACGCAGGCAGUGUGUGGCGCUACAUCAGAGCCAGUGCAUCUUAUCCCCCCUACCUGCCUCCUCUCUGCGACCCCAAGGACAGCCACCUGCUUGUGGACGGCUGCUAUGUUAACAAUGUCCCAGGCUCACUGUGGCGGUAUGUGCGAGCGAGCAUGACCCUUUCUGGGUACCUGCCGCCACUCUGUGACCCCAAGGACGGCAACUUACUGAUGGACGGUGGCUACAUCAACAACCUGCCAGCGGACAUUGCCCGGAACAUGGGUGCCAAGACGGUCGUUGCCAUCGACGUGGGAAGCCAGGACGAGACUGACCUCUGCAACUACGGUGACAGCCUCUCAGGCUGGUGGCUGCUGUGGAAACGCCUCAAUCCCUGGGCCCAGAAGGUUAAGGUGCCCGACAUGGCGGAGAUCCAGUCGCGCCUGGCCUAUGUGUCAUGUGUGCGCCAGCUGGAGGUAGUAAAGUCGAGCUCCUACUGCGAAUACAUUCGCCCGCCCAUCGACCGCUUCAAAACCAUGGACUUUGGCAAGUUUGAUGAGAUUUACGAUGUGGGCUACCAGCACGGCAAGGUGGUGUUCAGCGGCUGGUGCCGCGGUGACAUAAUUGAGAAGAUGGUGAAGGACCGGCGCUUGGCUGACUUCUACGAGAGCAAGCGCAUGGAUGUGCUGACUUGCCCCAGUGCGGGGUUCACUGAUCUGGCCGAGAUCGUGUCUCGCAUCGAGCCGGCCAAGAGCUACCUGUCCGAUGGCUAUGCUGAUGGUGAGGAAUCUGACUACCUGACGGAGUAUGAGGAGGAAGGGCUGGACCCCGCGCGGGAAGAGGAGGAGCUGUUAGCACCGGCUGAGUGGAUCCACACUGAGGAUGAGGAGAAGAGUCUGCGGCACCGCAAGUCCCUGCCCCAGGAGUGAGCCCAACCGCCUGCUCCUGGACUGGGACGGAUGGAGCCUGCAGGCCCAGGGCUGGCACUUGGAGACUGCAGGCUGCAUGUGGCUGGGGCACUGGAGCCCAUCCUGCACUGGAUCCCCUGGCCUGCAUCUGCUACUGGAGUCCGGAGGCCAGCCUGGUUCCACUCGGUUAAUGGCCAGGGUUCUGCUGGGGUCAGCAGCCCUUCUACAUCUCCCGGUGUGCAGUGAAGCCUGGUCCGGGCUCACCUCAGGGUGGAGUGGCGGCUACUGGGCCCAGCCCCCUCCACCAGCCAGUACAUAACCCAGGCCAGUGCUGCUGCAGGUCCAGGGGCACUCACAGCUACCUGCUGUAUCAGCUACAGGCUGCUGCUCGCUCCAAGGCCCUGCAUUGCUCCAGGGACAGCAGGGCCCAGUGCCACAGCCUCCUCUGGUAGGGGGUGGGGAUGAGGGCAGGAUGCUGGGGGAGGACUACUCCAGCCCCCUCCCCACUACACACACACACAUCCCAUGGCCCUGUGUCUGCACACUCCUUGCUAGGGGCCAGGGCUCAGCUCCUGGCCAUGUGCUGCUGCAUGACCCACUCAGGUGAGGGAGGUUCCCAAGAUGAGGUGCCUGUGGGGGUGAGGUAGAUGCCCUCAAGCCCUUCUGGGUCCAGCCCCAGCUUCUGCUAGCUUCUCUUCCCUUAGAUCUCCACCUGGGGUCCUGAACACUGCACUGAGCCCAGAACCUGGGAGUCCUGUGUCCCCCCACCCAGGCUGAGUGCUUUGGUGAAAACACUGCCUCUCCCUCCUCCCCUAAUGCACUGUGUAUAGAGGCAGUGUCAUCUCCUCUUAGCCUCCUCCACAUUGCUGCUAUGGGACAUUCCCCUUAGCAUCUCUCCUGCAGCUGCUUCUUCCCAGCCCCACCUGCCACCCCUACAGAGGGCCUGGGCUUUCUGGGGGGCAGGGCUGGGCCCUGCACUCAGAGUCAGGGAUCAGCAGGGCCUGCUAUAGCCCCAGCUUGCCUGGCCUAUAGGGGAAGCCAGGGGACUCAUGGGUGGGUGAUUUAGGCCAGAGCCUUGCUCCCUGGCUGCGUGUAACUCUGCCAGGUCAGGCUGCUAUUCCUGGGGCAGCCCUUUUUCCCAGGGAAGCAAAUCCUGGGCUCAGCAGACAUGAACACCCCCCCCCUCCCCCUAAGUUCCUGGGCACACGCACACACACACUCCUGGCUGAGCUGCUAGGAUGCUGUUUGCACCUCCCUCCAGGUACCUCAUCACUGUCAUGGAGCCCCCACAUCCCAGCUGCGGCCAGGGUGGGAGCAAUAUAACCCUAGAUGCUAUGUAUUUUUGUUAAGUUAUUGCGGGGGGUGGGAGCUGCGGGGGCGGAGGGCAUCAGAGGCUAGCACAGAGAGGCCUGGGCACUGCGAUUUUGUUAUUUUUUAUUUAAAAGAAACCUGCUUGUGGCUGCAUGGCUGGGGGGGGCGGGGGGGUCUGCCUAUCCUGCCAGAAUAAAAACUUCCACUGGCCAGGGCUGACAGUCACUCUUGGCCAACUCUCUGAUCAACCACUGGGGAGGUGUUUGGGAAUAAUGAGAGUGGGUUUGUGGCUCUGCUGACCCCAACUCACAGCCCAGACUGGCUUCUGCAGGAGAAAACAAAGCUCUCAAGAGCUACUGCCCCUACUCUGGGCAGCCUGCAGAACCACUGCUGCUGGGGUGGUGGGUGCAGCCCCUGCCAAGCUGUGUGCCCACUGAGCCAUGCACAGUUCCCUUCCCCUUGUGGGAUCCAGCAUUUAGGAAACUCGGGUGGGCCUGGCCCCCCAACUCACUGCAGGGGAAGCUGCCUGGUGAGAUCAGAGGAGGCUCCAACUCCAUCCUCCAUGCUGCACUGGGGCCUAGCUCCUAUGCUCUCCAGGGCAGGCUCUGCACCUGCUUAUGCCCUUCUCCCUCCCAUCCCCCUGUGGUACAGAAUCAGUCCCCAGCAGAUCCAUGAAGUGUGGGAUUCCUCCUCUUCCACUGUGCCCACCUGGCUGCAGCUCCCAUGG